AUGGCAUCCCAGUCGCCCUCCAAGGAGAAGUCGACUGAUGCUGAUAACGAGGAAAAGAAGCCCAGGCCUUCAACCUCGCCGUCACGACGACGUCGUGGGCGCUCCAACAGCCGACGCCGCUCUGGCUCACGAGUCGUGGAGCGCGUCAUCGAGCGACCAUCCGCGAACGUCGCGUGGCCGAUGCUCACGCGGACGAACUACCCGGAGUGGGCGUUGGUGAUGGAGGUGAACUUCCAGACGCUCCGCGUCUGGGACGCCGUCGACAUCGGCAUCGACGAAGACCCUGAUGAAGAUGAGUACCAGCAAGACCGCCAGGCCAUGGCGGGUCUCCUGCGCUCGGUCCCCUCCGAGAUGUGGGGGACGCUCGGUCGCAAGCGGACCGUGAAGGAGGCGUGGGACGCCGUCAAGGUGCUCCGAGUCGGCGACGGCCGCGCGCGCGACGCCAGCGCCCAGCAGCUUCGCCGCGAGUUCGGCGCGCUCGUCUUCAAGGAGGGCGAGUCCGUCUCCGAGUUCGGCAUCCGCAUCACGUCGCUCGCCGUGAACCUCCGCACCCUCGGCGACCACAUCUCGGACGCCGAGGUGGUAAAGAAGCUCCUGCAGGUGGUCCCUGAACGCUUGUCCCAGGCCGCCGUCUCCCUCGAGAUGUUCCUCGAUCUGAACACGGUCUCGAUCGAGGACGUCAUCGGCCGGCUGCGCGUGUUCGAGGAACGCGGCAAGCCGAAGGAGAUCACGGACGGCAUGGGGAGGCUCCUGCUCUGCGAGGAAGACUGGGAAGCCCGCCGGAAAACCCGCCGCGAGCAGGAGAGCUCCGGUGGCGGCUCGGGCUCCAACAGUCGUGGAAAGCCACGAGGACGCGGACGCGGGCGAGGCGGCUCAGGAUCCGGGCAGCGCGAUGGCCGUGACGGCCAGGGCGCAGGCACCGGCAACGCCGGCGGCGGCAAGCCGCCGCGCGGAGGAGUACGAGCUGCGUCGUCAGGCACCGGCACCCUCGACACCGCUGCACGCCACGAGCCCGACGCUGUCUGUGCCCAGUGCACCGCCGCACACUGGGAGCACGUCACCAUCAGCCUCGAGAACGGGCUCACCAGCUCUAGGCUCGACGUCCAGGGAGGCGCCCUCACCAACGACUGCCGCGCCGAACGCCACCAAGGUGACACAGGUGGAGUUCGCAACGCCGCUGAGCGCCGACCCGAACCUCGACGCGGACGACGACGAGGACCUGGAGCAUCGGUACAGGACACUCGAGAACGUCCUUGGCACGAACACCGUGCCCGGGCGUGCUCACCGCGACGUCGAGGAAGCUGA